AUGUCCAUCACAACCUGUCAGAAAGUUACUUUGAUAUCAUGCUCGGUCCUCUGUGUAUCUCUCUUCUUACCCAGGAUGCUUUUACCCAGAGCCAAAAAGGAGAUGGAACAGCUGCAGGCUGGUCCUGGUUUCCAUCCCCCAGGGAUAUAUCAGGUGUCUAAUGACCCAGAGCAGUGGGGUGCUGACCCGGUUCACUCCAUGACAUACAUCGCUGAGGCCACUGCUAAACUCAGAAGCAUUGGACAAAAUAGUAAAAAACACAACUUGAUGGCUCAAGUCAUACCCAUAUAUGGGUUUGGGAUUCUUCUUUACAUCCUCUAUAUAAUCUACAAGUUGACUUACAAUGACAAGAAUGCAAAAUCAGGACAUUACAGAACAACUAUGAGCAUGGAGAAGAAUAUAGCAACUGACGAUGAGCUACAGGAGCGACUACUUGACUCAGAAAGGAUCAUGGCAAGGAUUGUCUCAGGAAAUACUUGUGCUUCUGGGAGUGGAAGACGCAGGCGAAGUAAAUCGACUCCAACAAAGAAAGAAGAGAAACUUCUCAGGCAGCUAAGGCAGAUCGCACAACUGAUGCAAGAAGGCCGUGUGGAGGCUGCCUCUCCAGAGAUGGAGGCAGAGCAAGUCCCUUACAGUGCAGACUGGGAAGGUUACCCCGAGGAGAUUUACCCUGAGUAUGAAGGACCCGAUUACAAAUGUGAACUUGGCCGAUUGUCCCCAGAUGAGUUUGUCAACCAGCCCACUGCGGAGGCCCUGGCAGAACGAAUGGAGCAGGAGGAAGAAGAAGUUGUAGCAAGGAAACUAUCCAUAGUACAAGAGGAGGAUGAAGAAGAGGAGGAAGGUGAGGAUGUGGAGGAACAGGAGGAGAAAGAUGAAGAGGAGGAGGUAGAGGAAGAAGAGGAGGAAGAAGAGGGUGAGGAGCAGAUAGCAGAAGAAGAAGAGGAGGAGGAAGAGGAAGAGGAGGAGGAAGCAGAAGCUGAGAAAAGACUUUUGCUGGUUCCACUUGCCUCCCAAACUGCUACAAAUACACAGCAUGAAAGAUUAGGUCUGCAAGUACAGAAUGAGCUGCAACGUCACAGAGGAGGGAGGAAGCAUAUUAGUUUUAAUGACAGCAGAAAUGUAUUUCACUACCCAAAAGAAGAUACCUAUGAGGAGGAGAUGGAGAAGGAGGAAGAAGAUGAGGAUGCUGAUGUGGAUGAAGAUGAUGGGACAGAGGUAGAAGAGGAAGAGGAGGAAGCUGAUGAGGAAGAUCCAGUGACAGAGGCGGAGAGACUUGAGUUUAGUAGUGCAGGAUGUCCCAACCCUGUGGAAGAGGCACAGCAGGAAGAAGCCGAGUAUUUGCCAAUGAUAGCUUUUGCAGAGUGUGAAAGUAAUGUCCACAGAGACGUUCGCAAAGAGGUCAGUGGGCUGAGGAUGCGAAACAGGAGGGAGAUAUGA